AUGAUCCUCCAUUUGGUGGCGUUUCUUCUUUUUGUGGGGGGCAGAGGAGCAGUGGAAAACACACAGACUUUGACAGUGUCCCAAGGAUGCUUGGAGGAUACAAACACUUUUCUCCGGGAAAUUAACCAGGAUGAACCAAAGGGCUAUGCUGUUCUAAUGUAUGAUGCUUUUGGGAAAGUGGGUAGCAAUGUUGUAGGAGGUAACACCAACCAGCCUGGUUUGCUGCAGCAGUGCCGCUCUGCUCACGGCCCCAGCUUUUCUGGACAGUACUGCCAGGUGUUCCUUCGGCAGGGAAGAGUCCAGUACUUUGUCGGUAUUUGUGUACCUGACUCCUGUGAGAAAGAUGACGUGCAAACAUUGGUGCUUUACGACCAGCUUCAGUUUAAUCAGAUGUCCCUCAUUCCUCCUUUACCUUCCAUCCUGGUCAAUCAGUCCACUCAGGAGAUGAUCAUGACUCACUGUUUGUCCAGCAAAAUUGCCCCUGAUACAUCUGAUAUCACCUGCCUGUUUGUCUGUUGUGUAAUGGUAGCAAUCCCUCUCGGAGCCACCCUGUUAACAGCUAUGAUAAGGUGGCAGUGGAAAAGAAAGGUCGAACCUACAUUAGAGUCUUCCUGCUUAAAUGCUGCGCUCAACCUUUACGGGACCCUGAAGACCAGCAGCUCAUCUAACAGUGAAACUAAUAGCUGGAAUAGCAACCACCCCACACGAACAUGCGCUCUUCAAAGCCGUUUGUAUGGCUGCCUUCAAGCAAUCUCUAUACAGAAGACCACCCAGGGCAUAUUUAGCACCUCCACAUCAAUUCCAGUCGGAGGCUACGCCUCACUGAAUGGCAUCCGUGUUCUUAGCCUGUUAUGGAUCAUAUGUGGCCACUCUGCACAGUUCCCUGUAAUCAACAGCUUGGAUAAUUACAAAGACUGGAGGAAAACUGUUGAAAGCAGCCCUUUCUAUGUGCUAACCAUAAGUGGACCUGUUUUCAUGGCUGUCGAUACCUUCUUACUGCUGGGGGGUCUGCUUAGUGCCAGGUCCCUGCUGGGCUCUAUCAACAAGGCUGAAGACAAACUGAGCCUCAGCCUGGUUGGGAACUAUCUCUUAAAGCGGAUUACAAGGAUUCAGCCGCUGCAUCUGUUCAUUAUGUGUCUAACCAUUGGCCUUAUCUCUCUGGUCAAGUGGGGACCCUACUGGUUCCCAUUUAUAGACACAGUGAUGGAUUGUAAGACAUACUGGUGGGCUAACUUACUAUUGAUCAGUAAUCUGCUCCCAGUCCAUGAGAUAUGUAUUCCUUGGACGUGGUACCUGUCUCUAGACUUCCAGUGUUAUGCAACCACUCCUCUCUUGGUUUAUUUAUACAGACUAAAUAGGAGUGUGUUUAUGGUUGUGGCAGGUGGCCUCCUCCUGAUGACUAUUGUGGCCAGUGCUAUUAUGACUGCACACCUGCAGCUACCAGUCUUUCAGCCAUCUACAAUGACAUCUGAGAAUUAUGUUUUGUAUUACUAUGUGAAACCCUACACGAGAUACGGGCCAUUUCUAAUAGGGAUCUUGACCGGAAUAUAUCUGACAACAAAGAAAAAUCCACUGUUAAAGCAAUGGUGGCAGGCAGCACUUGGUUGGCUCUGUUGUCUGUCACUUUUGGCUCUUUUGGUUGGAUUGCCCUACAUCCUGAAGGAGACGCCAGCCAAUCCAUCUGUGCCACAUGCCCUGUAUCAAGGGCUGCAUAGACCACUCUGGGCACUGGCUGUGACCUGGAUUAUACUGGCCUGUGAGGAAGGCUAUGGAGGCUUUAUCAAGAGGUUCUUAUCCUUGACUUUCUGGGUUCCUCUUUCCAAUAUCAGCUUCGCCUGCUAUCUCAUACACCCUGUCUUCAUCAUCCUCCACAUUGGCUUUCAAGAGACCCCAAUCCAUUACACAGACAUCAAUUUUAUGUACCUGUUCCUUGGCCACCUGGUGCUGACAUUGGCAGUGAGCUACAUGCUCACUGUGUUAGUUGAGAAGCCCUACAUGCUCCCAAAAUAG